AUGCAUAUAAUUGCAUUCCACAUUGAGGCUACCAAGAUAUCACCAUAUGAGCUCAUGUUUGGACGCAAACCAAAGUUACCCAUCGAUGCUACAUUUGAAAAGGCCAGAGAAGACAGUACGCGAAAACCUACUCAGGAAUAUAUAAAUGAUCUGAAGGAAAGAACGGAGAAAACAAGAAAGAUUGUCGAAUCACAUAUAGAUAAGGCAAAGUCUAAACAGAAGAAGUAUUAUGACAGAAAAGCAAAAGCUGCACAAAUAAGUAAAGGAGACAAGGUUUUAGUAAAGAAACUAGCAUUUGAAGGCAAACACAAAAUUCAGGAUAAAUUUGAAGAAGGUGAAUACUUAGUUAUUGAUCAACCAAGACCUGAUAUCCCUGUCUUUAAAGUAAAAUCGACAAAAGAUGACAGAGAAAAGACUUUACACCGUAAUCAUUUAAUUCUGGUACACAGUCAGGAUACUGAAGAAGAAGAUAAUGGAGAUAAGGUUACAGAGGACACUGUAGAAAUAGUAAAAGACCCAUCUGAGGAGAAACUGAGAGAUGAAAAUAAGGAAAGCGACGUCGCAAGACUUGAAGAGUCUGAAAGUGAUGAGGAGUAUGAAUUUAUACCAAGUAUAAGUCGGUGUGGGGACGCCCAUAAUCCCAACACUGGAGGACAAUCCGAAGAAAGUGUUACAGAAACUGGCUUCAAAGAAGUUGCAGUAGAUACAGUUAUGGAAGAAGGAGAUGGAACAUAUGGUAAUGAUGAAAGUGUUUUACAUAGUCAUCAAGAUGAAGGAUUAGUAGAGGAAGGACAAGGUGUCCAGGGAUAUCAGGCAGAAGAACAGAGUGAUACAGAACAUACUGAUAGUCAAAUGUUAGAACCAGAACCAUCUAAAGAAGAAGAAAUAGAAGUCACACAGAAGAAUGAUAAUACAGAAACAAAGAUAAUUCAUCAAACAGAAGAAACAGACAACACAACAGAAGUAAAGGAUAUAGAAAAAGCACCAACCAUGAAAACACCUACUGUACCAAGACGACCAACUAGAGAAAGGAAACUUCCAAAACAUUUUGAAGACUUUCACAUGUACAGGAUGGUGGCAAGGCCAGUAGACACAAAACUACAAGCUCUGGAUGCUCUGAUGAAGUCAGGUGCCUUAACCGAGAUGGACAGUGACACAGCACAUAAACUAAUUGUAUCACUGAUGAAGUAAUCUGUUGUGUUUAUUAUGUGUUUCAUGUGCCACUUAUGUAUUAUAUGUGUUUCAUGUGUCACUUAUGUAAAUAAACAUGAUAUGAGAAAUAAUUAUGAAACAAUUAAAAGAACUGUGUGGUCACAGUUUACUUAUGCAGGGGGAGAAACAGUAUAAAUUAAAUUUUGAUCACAAAUUUUAAAUAUUGAUAUGUGUAUUAAAUAUAUAUUUAUAUUAUUAUUCAAGUAUGGCUUAUAUUACUAAAAUUAUAAGAGCUAUAACUCCUAAUAUUUAAGUGGUUAUAAUGUAUAUGUGUUAACUAUCAUAUGUUAACAGUAGAAUGCCAUAUAUAAUAUUAUAUGAAAGUUAUUUGCUAGUUUGUAAAUAUGUGAAGAGAUAUGGAGGUAAUUUUGGAGAUAGUAUGGUGUAAAUUUUUUACUGACUGAUUUAGACUGGUAAUGACGGGACGUCAUUUCAGAAGGUGGGGGAGUGUGUAGCCGGAUUGAAUUUUGGUGAUUAAAAGUCUUUUGGAUGAUUUUAGUACAUUUGUGUAAAUAUUAACCGCGAAAAAGGCGUCACGUGAUUUCAGUUAAGAAGGGAAGACAUGUUUUAUAAGAGAAGUGAUUUUAUAGUAAAUUAUGAGAAAUAAUAAGGGUUCACAGCUAACCUGUCACAACCAUCACUGGAGAGAGCAGAGAAUUACAAGAGACAUUGUUGUGUUGUGUGUGAGUGAAAGCCAUUCAUUUCUAUAAAUUGGAUGGAAUUAUCAUUCUAUCACGGUCAACGUUAGAUGAUAAGGAAAACGUCUGAGAAAUGCACUGUAGAGAACUGUAUGUGCAUAUGUGGACUUUGUGGUGUUAUGGACAUAUUAGAAAGUUUGGGUUUUCUUGAUUAUAACAGGAACUCUGAAUGAACUAUAAGUAGAGACCGUAUCAUAGCUCUUCGCAUACUUUGAUUUUUCAAACUAAAGUGAUUUUUACAAGUGCACCGGUUACGAUAAAAAUGUAAACAACGGACUCUGUCUAUAGAACUUUGAAAUGAAUGAAUGACAGUCGAUCUUAGUCAUAAUACUGACUGACAGUGAAUGCUAAUGAUUCCAUGUGUUGCAGAAAGGUAUUUAGUUUGUAACUGUAAUUUCCCAUCAAUUGAAAUCCUCUCAAAACUGGUAAAAUAAUUACUUAUAUUUGGACAAAACUCACCGUCUUUGCCGUUCGACAGCUGCAAAAAGGGCAAAUAUAAAAGAUUCAGUGUAAGUAAUAUUUCACUGGUACUACCAGUUUAGUAAGUUCAUAC